AUGGUGAAUAUGAGGAGAUUGGGAUUAGAUGAAAAAGAGAUGGUGAAGAUGGAAUUUGAUAGGAUUAGGAGGAGGAGGAGGAGUUUGAAAUUUACUGAAUUUUGGGGCGAGUGGAAAAGAGAUGGUGAAGAUGAGGAGAUUGGGAGCCAACUCGGGUAUGAUUAUUCUGUUAGUUCUUACUUCAAAUUGGCAACCUCCGUAACGGAACUAACAACUUCAGAUAGUGAUUGGGCAGGAGAUGAAAAGGCAAAGAGCACCUCUGGUUAUGUUUUUGAUAUUGGUUCUGGAGUUAUAUAUUGGUCAUCAAAGAAGCAGCAAGUGGUAGCUCUUUCAUCAACUGAAGCAGACGAACUUGAUAACAAAUCUUUGAUCAACGAUAUGGACAAGGAAUGGAUAUUUUUAGAUAAGCACACUGAUGAAUAUAAUGCUGGAUUAGAUGCAUUCCUCAAUUAUGCCUUAGAGCAUGCUUCUUUUGAAGGUACAAUCAAGUGUCCGUGUAAAAGGUGUCAUAAUGGCUACAAUAGACUACCUGCUAUUGUUGAGCAACAUCUUAGGGUGGAUGGCAUCGGCAUGGAUCCUAAAUAUGUUAACAUCCCCUGGACCGAGCAUGGUGAGCAUUUACCAGCUGUAGUUGAUCAUAAUAUGGCAGGGCCUUCAUCAUAUCAACCAGAUUUUAAUUUGCCGGGACCGUCGUCACAUCAACCAGAUUCUGAUGUGCAAGAUAUGUUGCACGAUGCAUUUGGCAUGUAUGAAGGUGAAGAUGAUUUACAAGAACCAUCAGAUCCUACUGAAGGUCCAUCCUUGCCUAACGACCCUACCCCUGAUGCACAAAGAUUUUACCAGCUUUUAGAAAAAUCUGACACUGAAUUAUACCCUGGGGAAACUCUUCCUGCUUCCUUCUAUUUAACAAAAAAGUUCAUCAAAAGUCUUGGGUUGACAUACCAGAAAAUCGAUGCGUGUCCUAAUGAUUGCAUGUUAUAUUGGAAGGAAUAUGCUUCAAACACAGUUUGUCAUGUAUGUGGUACUAGUCGGUACAAAGAGAACACCUCCCCCAUAAAGAAGGUACCAGCCAAAGUUUUGCGUUACUUUCCAUUAGGGCCAAGACUUCAAAGGUUGCACAUGUCUCGCCACACCUCUGAAUUUAUGGUUUGGCAUUCUAAAAAGAGACCACGAGAUGGGGUUCUACGUCAUCCAGCCGAUUCUCUUGCUUGGAAAGAAUUAGACAAAAUUGACAAUAAUUUUGGCUCUGAUGGUCGAAAUGUCCGUUUGGGUCUAGCCAGUGACGGAUUCAACCCUUUCGGUAUGAUGAGCUUGUCCCACAGUACUUGGCCUGUUAUCGUUACUGUCUAUAAUCUCCCUCCUUGGUUAUACAUGAAAAAGUCAUACAUGAUGCUAUCGUUGCUCAUCCCAGGCCCUAAAAGUCCCGGAAAUGACAUAGAUGUGUAUCUACAGCCUUUGAUAGAUGAAUUGAAAAUGCUAUGGGCAGAAGGGGUUCCUACAUAUGACGCGUUUAAAAAAAAGGUUUUUCAUAUGAGAGCUGCAUUAUUGUGGACUAUAAAUGACUUCCUUGCAUAUGCCAUGUUGUCUGGGUAUAGCACAAAGGGAUCUAAGGCUUGCCCAACUUGUGGUGAAGAGACUGAUUCUUUUAGGUUGCAUCAUGGUAAGAAAGAAAUCUACAUGGGACAUCGAAAGUGGCUACCAGAUAACCAUAUUUUUCACACAUGGUAUAAUAACUUCAAUGGAUCAACUGAGCAUCAUAAACCGCCUAAACCAAUGACAGGUUUAGAUUGUUUGAGAGCGUUAAGUACAUUGAGCUUUCAAUUUGGAAAGGGAAAGGAAACAAGUUCUGAUCGUAAAAGGAAACGAGUUCAGAAUAAUGAUAGCACAAAAUAUACAGGACCGUGGAGGAAGCAGAGUAUUUUUUUUCAACUACCUUAUUGGAAGGACUUAUUAUUGCGUCAUAAUAUAGAUGUCAUGCAUGUUGAGAAGAAUGUUACAGAGAGUGUCAUUGGGACUUUGCUAGGAAUUGAUGGAAAAAAUAAAGAUAGCUUAAAGGCACGCCUUGACAUGGUCUUAAUGGGUGUUAAGCGUUCGCUCCAUCCUGAGGCACGCGGUAACCGAACAUGGCUGCUCUCAGCAAAAUACACUUUAUCCAAUGAUGAGAAGACACUAAUGUGCAAAGUACUUGAUUCGGUUCGGGUGUCUGAUGGAUUUUCAUCGAACAUUCGUAGAUGUGUAAGAGUUGAUGAAAGAAAAUUGAUUGGUCUUAAAAGUCAUGAUUGUCACAUAAUCAUGCAGUAUCUACUUCCAGUGGCCAUCCGUCGUUCACUAAAACCAGACAUAACCAAGGUGCUAUUGGAACUCAGCGCAUUUUUCAGACAAGUAUGUACCAAAGUUGGUACUGUGGACCAUUUUCGUGAUCUAUCAAAUCGGAUUGCUGAAACACUUUGCAAAUUAGAGAUGAUAAUGCCACCAUCUUUUUUUGACGUCAUGGUACACCUUCUAAUACACUUGGCAAACGAGGCAGCAAUUGCAGGACCUGUGCAAUUUCGAUGGAUGUACCCAAUCGAAAGAUACUUACAUGACUUAAAAAAGUAUGUACGCAAUAGGAGUAGGCCUAAGGCAAGCAUUGCAGAGGGUUAUAUAAUUGAAGAAUGUCUAUCAUUUUGCACAAUGUAUCUGUCAGAUGGAGUUGAGUCAAAAAGAGCAAGGAUUGGUCGUAAUGCUGAUGACCCUGGGAUUGUUCCUCGUAAAGGAUUACCAUUAUUUGUCGGAAUGGGAUGGUCCAUCGAACCAAGACACGAGUUUACACUAACUGACCUUGAGUGGGAACUCAUUGUUGACAUUGUUAGCGACCAUGUGGCAAACACACAGCGGACUAAGAAUAGACGCACAACUUUGAUGGAGGGUGAAAGACAAGCAAAUAAUACAUUUUCGACAUACUUUCAGGAAUUGAUUGAGAGAAGAGUACAACGAAAAGAAGUUGUCGACCCAGACAUUAGAGCCUUGCCUAUAGGACCACAUAAAAAGGCAAGGCGAUUCAACAAGUACAUCAUGAACGGGUUUCGCUUUUUUGUUAAAUGUAUCGAUGCCCAAUCAAAUACUCAAAACUGCAGUGUGUUUGUUAAAGCUGGGGUGAGUAGCUAUGCUACUGCGGGAGAUCGCAGACCAAGGGAUGGUGUAAAAGAUUACUAUGGUGUACAAACAGACAUCAUUGAGCUAGAUUAUCACCAUGGUCGAAAAGUCUUAUUAUUCGAUUGUGAUUGGGCAGAUAAUAGAGUUCGCAAUAGAGCCGUCAAAAUGGACGAGUAUGGCUUCAUUUUUGUAAAUUUUGAUCAUCUACUUCCUAAACCUGACACUCUCAUUCUUGCGUCACAAUCAGUGCAAUUUUUCUAUGUUCAAGACCCAACUGAACCGAAUUGGCACACAGUGAUCCGAACCCAACCCAGAGAUUUAUUUGAUAUGGGCACAGACAUAGAACUAGAGCCCUAUGAUGCCCAAAAUUUGAUUGUAGAGAUUAACGAUGACGGAAUAGCAAGAACAGACAUGGACGGUGUUCUAGUGAAUGAUGUCAUAGAAUGA